AGCUGACUGCUCUUGCUCUGAGCUCUCGUCGGCCAAGAAAAAAAAAGAAGUCUCGCACUCCCCUCCCCCCUCUCGACCCCUCCGCCUCCUCCCCCACCGGUCACUGCCCCGCCCCGCCCCAGGCCUCGCCGGAACCCUAACCCUAGCGUCGGGAGGUGGAGCCAGGUCCAACCCCAUGCGGCCGCCCGCACCGUACCGACGGGACGCAGGUCUUUGGAAUUGAAGUGACUGGAAGGGCAGCGUUAUCCAAUCUGAAGGGGGCUCAUGCCCUAGAAUUCAGAGUGGGGUUGUUAGGGUAGACUGUGUUAUGGAUUCCGGCAGCAGUUCAUUUUCUAGAACACGAAGUGGGCUUGUAAGGAGAAAAGGAAUUUUUGCUCCCAAUAAAGCCUCAUGUUCGAGAACACGAAGUGGGCUUUUAAGGGUGAAGAGCUUUAUGCGCUCUAGGGAUGGUUCGUGUUCUAGAACACGUAGCGGGCUUGUAAGGAUAAAGAGUUUUAAGGAUUCCAGUGACAGUUCAUGUUCUAGGACACAAAGUGAUCCUGUAAGAGGAAGCCCCCAUGUUGUUGAGGAUCUAAUUGAGGAUGAAGCAGUCUUGAAGGGGUCUCCUGAAGAAUGGGUGACAGAAGACUCGCCUGUGAGAACACGAAAUGGGCUUGUCAGAGGAAGCCCUGCUUACAAGGCUGUAGCCAUGGAGGAACCAGUCACGAAGAGGUUUCCUGAUGGAUGCUUGAAUGAUGAAAUGCCUUCUAGAACACGGAGUGGGCUUGUUAGAAAAAGCCCUACUGUCAAGGCUGUAAGAAAGGAUGGACCCGUCAUUAAUGUGUUUCCUGAUGGAUGUCAUGGAGAAGACAUGCCUGAUGGAAUACGAAGUGGGCUUGUCACAGGAAGCCCUGCCAUCAAGAUUCAAAGCAAGGAUCAACCAGUCAUUAAGGGGUUGGCUGAUGGGUGGCUGAAAGAAGGCACGCCUCUUAGAACUCGAAGUGGCCUUGUCAGAGGAAGCCUUGCUGCUAAGGCUCCAGUUAGGGCUAAACUAGUCACAAAGGGGCAGCCCAAUGGAUGGACGACAAACGAGAAGCCUACUGGGACACAAAGUGGUCUUGUCAGAGGAACACCUGCUGCCAAGACUCAAAGCAAGAAUGAAAGAGUCAUCGAGGGGCUGCCUGAUGGAUGGCUCAAAGAAUACAGGCCAAGAAAGACUGGAUCGUUUCAGGAUCCGUUCUACAUUGAUCCAGUCAGUGGAUAUGAAUUUCGCUCUCUGAAGGAUGUGCACCGUUAUCUUGAAACGGGAGAUAUUAACCAAUGCAUUAUGAGACCAAAGAAGAGCACCACCAUCUGUGAUGUUCAUAUAACAGAAAGCCAACCUCAUACAAUUACAUCAUCGCAACACACAAGGCCAAGUACUGCGGAUAAGGGUAUUCAGUGUGAAAUAUUAACUUCAGAAGGUAUCAUGGUGCUGUGGGAGGAACUAGUUACACCUUAUAGUGGAAAUGAUACUGAACAUACUGUGUUACCAGAAUCUGAGAACUUGAAAGCAAUGCAAGGGAAUGGCGAUAAGCUUGAAACUUUGGAACACACGAAUGUUCAACCAGUCUCUGCACAACGUGGUCCAAGGCAAACCAAAUCGCUUAAAAGGAAAGAACAAAAUGUAGAGGUGAAAUCCAAGAAGCAUAAAACCAGUUCUGCGGUGACACCUGUUCGAGUGUCACCCCGUCUAGCUGCUCUGAAUGUUCAGCAGGAAUUAAGCAUCGAGCCUGAAGAUGAACCGAUUAAUGUAAAUCCUGUAAAUCUGGUACGGACUAUGGAAGAGAACUCUAACGAUCAGUCACAGAUGAGCCAAUCAGGCACCUUGAAUCAAAUACAUGGUAAUCUGGAAAGCACUUCAAAUCAGUUACAGUUGAGUCAAGCAGACACUGCUAAAGGAACGGAGGCUAUUCAGGAAAACACUACCAAUCAUUCACAGCCGAGCCAAGCAUUAACUGUGGAUCAUACAGAGACAAAUCAGGAAAAAACUGCCAAUCAGGUGGAGUCAAUCCUAGCAGAUAUUCCUGUUCUGCAUGACAGAUCCAUUACAGACCAUGCAGAUAUUCCAAUACAGACAAUGCAGGAAUGCACUACAGAUCCAUUGACCCAAGCAGACAUUUUGAAUCAUAUACAGACGGAUCAGGAAUACACUGCUAGUCGAUUACAGUCGAGCCAAGCAGGCACCGUCAUUCCGGCACGGCCUUUUCAGGAAUACAAUAUUGACUAUUCACAACCGGGCAAAGCUGACACUAUAAAUCAAAUACAGGCCAAUCAGGAAACCACUUGCGAUGAGUUUCACUUAAGCCAAGUAGACACUGUGACUGAAAUGCAGAUAAUUCAGGAGAACAUGACAAGGCAAUCACAAAUGAGCCAAGCAGACGCUGUGGGUCAGAUACACAUUGAUCUGGAAAGCACAAUAGGUUACUCACAGCCGAGCAAAGCUGACACUAUAAAUCAACUACAAGCCAAUCAGGAAAACACUGCUGAUCAGUUACAUUUUAGCCAGGUUGACUGUGUCACUCAAAUUGAGAUAAUACAGGGAAACAUGUGCAAGAAUCCACAACUGAGCCAAGAAGACUCUGUGGAUCAGAUACACAUCAAUCUGGAAGACACUACCAAUCACUUGCAACCAAACUAUGCUGAAAAUUCUAUGCUCCAGGCUGGUUUCUCUUGGGCUCCUGAACAAAAUGGUGGAGCCUCUAUUACAGAUUUCUGGAAAAAUGUUGAAAAUCAGGACUCAUCGGUUCCCAUGCCAGUAGAUGGAUCAACUGUUGCAAGCUUUCCAGCAAAUGUUAGAUUCCAAAAUGCAGCAGGAGCAGAAGAACCUGCUUUGCCAGUGCAGUCAGCUGCGCCUGAAACAUGUUCUGAUCAGUCCGGGUUGGCCUUUCAAUCUCUUUUUGGAAAUGCCUGGUCAGAUCCUUGCAUCGAGUUUGCUUUCAAGACCCUCACAGGCGACAUUCCUGUUCUGGAUGACACGAUAGCCGUCACAGACUACUUCCCAGAGCAACAAGACUUGAAUAAAGAUCCAUCACCAAAUUGUUCUGCUUCUGUUUUGGAUAAUACCAGAAACCACACACAAGUAGAUGUCAACCUCCCAGCACCUAUGCCAUCGGAUAAGCUCUACAAUGGCAGUUGGUUCCCUCCCCAGUGAAUUACUUGAGGGAACCAAAACAAAGAAAAAAAGGCAAUAACAUUUUGUACCAUUGAAAGGUAAAUCAGAGGGAAGGCUAGUCGCAAAACCGAACCCAAAGCAUAGUCUCUUACACUUGUUAGCGCUCUGAUCUGAAUUUGUAAUCCCAGUGGGGGGGGGAUACAUGAUGUAAAAAGACUAGUUUGUCCUAACCCAAUUAGACAGUAUGUUAAUACAUCCAAAGUAUCCGCGCAGAAGAGACUGUGAAGUAGCUGGUCUGGAUUUAUCAUGUUUUCCUGUUCUCUUGCUUCUGUGCAGUUGCCUGAUAAACUCAUUCGUUGUAAACUAGCUCGUUCUAACUUUUGAACACCUGCGCAAGGCGCGCGAGGGUCUAAUUAUUUGUGCAAAUGAUCUCUUUUUGUUUCUCCUUCUGGAUAUUUUGAACGCUUGAAUGUAGUAGCUUCACUGUA